GAUUUCCCGCGCUUUUCAUUUACGAUGAUUACCGACAUCGAAGAAUUCGGCCAAUGUCGGAAGUUUUCGACGUUUCCGGUGAUUUCCGGUAGUUAUCGAGUUUUGUGUAUUUCUUUGUGAUUUUUUUGACGUUUUAUUUUCCAAAUGCUAAACAUUUAUACGAAUUGCUAAGAGAAACAAAAUUUUACUACUAAAAGCUUUUUUAUUCAAAAAUUUAUAAAAUGUUUGUCGUCCUGUGACGUCACGCUUGGGGUAUUUCCCAAAAAUUGUUGCAAUCGAAAGUAGAAAGGUAUGGCCGACAAACGAGAUUUUCGCGGAAGAUUUGCUUCGGAUAAGGGUAAAAGGCGCAGGAAACCCAAACUUAUCGUUGACCAUAACUAUGCCAAUGUUUUCCUGUGUGAUGGAGACGAUUGUAAAAGGAAAAAGUGUCCAAGUUCCUUGCACAUGACUUUACCGCAAAAAGUAAACAAGAAUGGUUGGAAAGUGGGUCGGAGGCUCAUUGAACUGAAUGUACUGCUACUCCAUCUAAAAUCAUGCCGAAAAUGCAUGCUUGGUCCAGUGCCACUUAUGUACAACAACAUCGUUGGUGAAUUGCAAAAAGGUUUAGGCGGAUAUCUAUAUGUUGUGUGCCAAAACCCAGACUGCAGCCACAUAAAUCGAGUGCCAUAUGGGAAGACCCACCAUAUAAAAAACAAGGGGGUGCCAUGCUUUGUUAUAAACACGAAACUUGGAGCAGCUAUGAUUGACAGUUUGGGUGGUGCAGAGAAAGUGAACAAUCUCCUAGCAGUCCUGAAUUUGAAGGCGAUUCAUCCGAAGAACUUGAAACUAAUGGAAACCCGUGCUGGUGAGGCUAUUCAGGAGGUGUCCAGAGAAUCCUGCAAAAAUGCUGCAAAAGAAGCUUUUGAAAAAGAAAUGAGUGAUAUUGCCCGGCAAGAGACUGAGCAAGCACAUGAGCAAAUGGUAGGAGAGAUUGAUGACCUAGGAGUGUGUCCUCUCCCUGGAGAAUCUCCAUCACUUCAACUCAGACUUCAAGCAAGGCCGGUAAUUGAAUGUGAAACAGAUUCCGACGUUGAGAAAGAUUCUGUACAGUCUGAAGUAAAUGAUCCAGUACCAGGUCCGCAGAAUGAAUCUUCUGUUAUGACAAGUACACCUCAGAAUGUACUUCAGUCGUUACUUCAUACAGAAAGAAUAAGUCGUCUGUCGGCAAUAAGAUUCGCAAAACAAUCGCCUAAGCUGAAAUCAAGGAAAAGACUUGAGAAGAAGUUUCCAUGUCGUACACGCACUGGAAUGUCCUCUUCGUGUGAUACAGCCUGGCAAAAGAAAGGUUUUGAUUCGCUUACAUCUCACACCUUCUUCAUGACAACAAACAAAGCAGGCAGGAGGAAAAAGGUCAUCAAAACAAUUGUUGGACAUAGACAUUGUGGCAAGUGCAAGUGGUGGAAGCGGAACAGGCAGGGUCAGAAAGUAAGAACUCAUUAUUGUGUAAAAAAUCACACUGGGAGUGCAAGAUCGAUGGAAGCAGCCAGUGGUUUGAAAGGAGUUAGAGAGCUGUUCAGUGAAGGAACUCCUAUUGAGUACUUGGAAGGAGAUGGGGAUAACACUUUGAUAGCUAGGCUGAAAUCAGAUUUGAACAUUUCUCUAAAGAAACGCUUUGACAAAAAUCAUGUUGUCAAAAAUGUGACUGGGACAUUGUAUAAAAUGAAGAGUGCCCUUAAACUAAGUGACAAUGUUAUAUCACACAUAAAAAAAUGUUUGUCCUAUGCUUUCUCAAAAAAUCAAGGUGAUAAAAUUGGAAUGGUGGAGAACAUUCGGGCAUUGAUACCGCACCAAUUCGCAGACCACACUCUCUGCCAUGGACGAUUCUGUGGCUAUAAAAGAAGGCCGUCUGAGAAGUAUGUGCACCGCAGUCUGCCAUAUAUGACACCGCUACAUGACAGUAAUCUCAGGACCAAGCUACAGGCGGUGUUUGACACUGUGGCAGCCAAUGCCCACAGUUACGUUGACCUUGGAUCUAGUCAACAAUGCGAGUCGGCCAACAGACGUGUCUCAUUGCGCGCACCAAAGUCACAUUAUUAUGGUGACACUAAGAGUCUGGACUACCGUGUGGAAGCGACUGCUGCUUGUAUAAAUGAGGGAAGACAUUACCUAUCGCAGUUUAGUCAACUACAUGGACACAGUCACACCCAAAGUCAUAAGAAGAGAACUCAAACAUAGGGAUUUGUGAAGUUGGGGCUUUCUCCAGGAGAGUACACUAUUCAACAUUCGGAAAGACAGUUGAAACGACGGAGGGAACUGACAGAUAGAGCCCUGUUACCAUCAUCUAAACGUCGGCGACUGGAGCUGAAGAAAGAACGGGCUGUCAUUCAAGGGGCCAGUG